AUGGGGAAAUAUUGUCAUAGACGUUGUAGAAAUAUUUAUCAAAGUUGUGACAGAUGGGCAAUGGAAGAAAAAUGUGAACUUGUUAGAACACAAACAAAUUUUUUUGAUAUAAAUUGUGCUGUUUCUUGUAAUUUAUGUAUUCCUGAUCCAGCUAUUAAUAUACGUAUUACUCAUGGAUUUGUUACAUUAAAGCCAAAUUCUUAUCCACCAGAAAUAGCCAUUUUAAGUACAGCUAAUGAAGGACUUAAUAUGAUUGAAUUAGGGACUUUACAAAAUCAUGCUGUUACUCUAAAUAUUAGCUAUAUGCAAGUUCACCCUUCAUUAGACAAUGAUGUUUUGCCUUUAGGGGCAACUCGGCGUUUUAAGCGUUCAGGUCAAUUACUUGAAAUGACUGUAGCAAGGUUAUUUCCAGGAAAUCGAGUUUCUCAAUUUAAAAAAAUGUUUAAAAAAGUUAGAAAUUAUCCAUUUUAA